AUGGAGCGACUAAAGACUGUUCUCCAAUUUGUCCAGGAAAAACAAGUACUGGUUCUUCACUGUCGAGGUAUGGAGGCCGAAAGCAGCGAAGUAUAUUCCUGUUUGAGGUAUAUGCUUAUGUCGAUGGUGAAGAGGGAACAGUUGAUCCACCUGCACUGCUUUAGUGUGGCUACAGCCAGACAAUGGAUCGAAGUAUUCCCAAACACCUACUUUGGGUUUACAAAGAUGGUCACUGUCCUUCCUAAGGAACAGCGGGAGGCAGUGAAGCAGAUGGAGGAGGGACGUCUACUCCUUGAGACCGAUGCCCCAUAUUUCCACUUCUUUGGACACAGAAGGUCCACCCCCGCCUUGAUAGGCAUGGUAGCCAACGAGGUAGCCAAGAUCCGCGGGGUAGAUUGGAUGCAUCUCCUAGAGGUAGCUGUCGCCAAUGCCCAGCGCCUUUACCUGAAGCGGCUUCCUCCUCAGUAA